GUGCGAUUAAUUUUUUCACUUGAUUUCCGAUAAUGAAAUUCCGUGGCGAUUUAAAAGAAUUCAUAAUAAUUGGCCGUAAAGUUCCUCUCAAUAAUGAAAAAACUCCUAUAUAUAAGAUGCGGAUAUUUGCUCCUGAUAAAUUAGUUGCUAAGUCCAAAUUUUGGUAUUUUGCUGCUAAAUUAAAGAAGGUUAAGAAAACAUCUGGCGAAAUUUUGGAAAGCACCCAAAUACAAGAAAGAAAAGCUUUGAAGAUAAAAAAUUUUGGAAUUUUAUUGAAAUAUGAAUCCAGAAGUGGUGUACAUAACAUGUAUAGAGAAUAUAGAGAUUUAACAGCUUCAGGUGCCGUCACACAAUGCUAUCGUGAUAUGGGAGCUAGACAUAGAGCCAGAGCAAAUACAAUUCAGAUAAUUAAAGUAGAUGAAAUACCUUCCUCUAAAUGUCGUCGGGUUAAUAUAAAACAAUUCCAUGAUAGUAAAAUCAAGUUUCCUCUUCCACACCGUGUUGUACUGAAAAAAAAUAGAUCACUAUUUUCAAUUAAUAGGCCUAAGACAUUUUUUUGAUGAAAUGUAUUAUUUGAUUGUUGUAUAAUUAUUAAUCUAUUAAAUUAUUUUUAUAAAAAGAAUAGACUAAAAUGUUUAUAUGAUUUCUUUGUUCAAAUGACUUAUUUACUUUAAAUUCUACUUAGUCAAGCUUUUAGUAAAACAUUUUUUUUUGAAUAUAAUCUUGGCUUUUGUUCGUAACAUUUUUGGUGGAACAUACAAUAAAAAAACGAAGAAUGAUUU